UUGUAUUAGAGUCCACUAUCUGACUAAUUUGAUUAAAUUUUCCCCCAAGAUGACAAGAAGGUGGAAUGGAUGAGAAUUUGUUCCUGCAGAAAUUGAGAGCUUAACAUUUGAUUUCUUUAAAAAAAAAAUUGAAUUUCAAAAACUUCUUAUUGCCUCCAUUACAUAUUCUUUCCAUUGAUAGGGAAAAAAAAUGAUUCAACCGUUUUCCGCCCUUGUUAUUGCUGAAGUGGUUUUGAUACUGACCCUUCUGUUCAGAACACCUCUGAGAAAGCCAACGGUUAUGAUGGUGGACAAAAUGAAGCAAGGUCGAGGACCUGUGGUAGCCAAGACCGUUGCAGGAACCUUGUUCAUGAUUUUCAUCUCCACCCUCAACAAUAUCAUGAAAAUUCAGAAUCGUGCAGUCGAGGCAGGCACAAUUAACCCAACUGAUCAGAUUCUUUUGGUCAAUCAAAUUUUAGAAGCCAUUCUCUUGGGUUUUAGCUUGUUCCUGGGAGUGAUGAUUGACAGACUUCAUUAUUACAUCAAAGAGCUUCAUCGUCUAAGGAAAAGUUUGGAGGCCACAAAGAAAUCGAACUAUGAAACUGAUCAAGACUGAACAGCAGGGCAAGAAGCAAUUAAACAUAAGUUUUUUCCUUUCCAUUAAAUCCUCUGAAGAAGAAAGCCCGGAUUUUAAAGCGAAAAUCCUGGGGAUAGUGGUCUUUACAGCCCUGUCAAGAUGAAAAGUGGAGAUCGAUAAGAACAAAUGGGGGCAGACGCAAAGAAAUAACUUCCAGAGUUGCAGGAAAUUUGUGUAGAAAAAAUUAAACCAAGCAUUAUUUUAUUAAUGUAGCCAUGUGUCUUUAAGUAAU